AAAUUUCAUGCCCAUAAAACAUCCUAGUCUAAUACGGACAUCCUAGUAUAAUAUAGAAAGUGGAACAAGUUGGUGCGCUGAAAAAUCAACAUCGCGGACUUGUUCGUUAGAAAGUCUGCCUACCACACGCCGACGACUUGGCUCCUUCUCCACUUUCUUCAUCGCUAUUAGUCGCAUCUGCAAAAGUUCUGGACUCCAUCCUCCAGUCGAAAGAUUUUCCCAGAACCCAGAAUUGAACAAUCGCGGCAGCUUCUCAGCUUCUGAUAUCCUUCUCCGCCUGUUUCGACCAAUUCUGAUCAUAUUCCGCGCGCGCACAGGUCACCUUUCUGCGUAAGGAAUGGAUCUUUUCUGUUUAGAUGAUAACUCUUCACCUUUUCAGCAAGACAUUAUGAGGUGCCCAUUUUUGCGGAACAUUAAUGAGCCUACAAAUUUCUCUUUCUCAAGCUCCAUGGCAUUCCCAAUGGCUGUACGUGAAGGGAAAGGUCCUAUAUUUGAGGAUGCUCCCAAUUUUGAUAUGGCCUUUAGACUUUUCCACGGGCAGGAUGGUGUCGUCCCACUUUCAGGGAGAUCGCUUAUUCAGAAGGAGAAAUCAGGGUCUGACAAAUCAUCAUCAACCCAGUUCAACCCUUUGGCUGCAAGGGCAGCUACCAUCAGCCUCUCAGGUUUGGGACUUGGAGGGCCUUUUGGUUUUGAUGCAUUCUCUAAGAAGUGGAAGAGUCAAAAGAAGAACUCUAAAUCAUCUAAAGAUGGUUCUCCUCCACAGGGCGGAGACACAAAACAUGAAGCACUGAGCAAUGAGUGGUUGCGAAGUGGAAAUUGUCCAAUUGCAAAGUCAUUUCGUGCUGUGAGUAAAGUGAUCCCACUUGUGGCAAAAGCGAUUCGGCCUCCUUCCGGGAUGCAGCUGAAAUGCCCUGCCGCCGUAGUUGCCGCCAGGGCAGCAAUAUCACGAACAGCAUUUGCAAAGAAUCUCAGGCCGCAAGCUCUGCCCACAAAGGUAUUGGUGAUUGGUGUCAUGGGGAUGGCAGCAAACAUUCCCUUGGGAAUAUGGAGAGAACACACAGAGAAGUUUUCUCUUUCAUGGUUCACAGCCGUCCAUGCAGCCGUUCCGUUUAUUGGCAUGCUCCGUAAAUCCAUAUUGAUGCCUAAGGCGGCCAUGGCUUUUACUAUUGCAGCCUCAAUUCUGGGUCAGGUAAUCGGGUCACGGGCUGAACGAUAUCGCCUUAAAUACAUUGCGACCCAAAAUGUGGCCCUUGCUGAGAAUAUGACUGAUCAGCAAUGUCUUGAAGCAGUUCCUCCUGGAAAUAUGGGGCUUUCUGAUACCGGAAGUCAUGGACCUGUGACACUAAGUGUGGGACAUUGCGGUGGUGAGAUGGUUGACAGGAAUCGGAUUGCUGGACCUUCUUCACCUGUUGGUGUGCUUGGCUAAUUCACAACGUCGAUAUCUGUAUUGACUCAUCUUGUGUCAGGAUGCUUGAUUGUCUGUUCUUAUUUUUCUAUUGUUCAAUCAUGUAUUCGUAAAAUCAGCACCUGAAUGAGCGAAUAAAGGAAGAGUUUCUCGAAUGAUGAAAAACUCAGUUGUUGAUAUUUGGGGUUUGUUUGGUGUUGCUGACUCCUUUGUUGAACUUGUAUUAUACUCCGUAUAUUGUUCUAAAUAAAGCUGAAAGAUAUACUCCUUCCACCCUCAUAUCGUUCGUAGAUUUUCAAGUUCCC